AUGGAGUUUCCUCGAUUUUGUGAUGGUGAUGAUCCCCUUGGGUGGAUUUACAUAGCGGAACACUACUUCGACUAUUUCUCUGUUCCUGAUGCUCAGAAAGUCAAGCUUGCUUCCUUCCACAUGGAACGUGAAGCUUUACAAUGGUUUCAAUGGUUGGACUGUAUUCAUUGUUUUCCAAGGUGGGAGGAUUUUAGCAAGGCAUUGUGCCAAGGAUUCGGAUCUUCCGAUUUGGAAGGCUGUGCCGAAUCUCUUCUCAAGUUGAAGCAAACAGGAUCUUUACGAGAUUAUAUCUCGGAAUUUCGUCGUCUUGCUAAUCGCACCCGUGAUAUGACUCCAUCUAUUCUUUGCAGUUGCUUUAUUGGAGGUCUAAAGAAGGAAUUGCGCCAUGAUGUCAAGCUAUUACAGCCUACUUCGGUUCAAGAAGCUUGUGCUCUUGCCUCACAACUCACUACCAAGUUUCUUGAUUUAAAGCCUACUAUUCCUUUUCGUCAUAAUCCUCCAGUUUUUGUCCCGUCGUUUCAACCCAAGGUGGAAUUGCUCGUCAAAACUCCACACGUGGCACAAGACUAA